GUCUUCAGCUAAAUGAAUAAUUCUGCAACUUGAAGUAGAAGAAGUGAUGCGUUACCGCAAGAACUCAACGAUGCAUCAUCAGUGAGCAAGGGAUCCAAUGUUUAUUGUAAAUAAGAUCAAAUGACAAAUAAAAUAUAUUAUAUUCAAAUCGAAUUUGAGUAGAUAAAACGCCGAUCAGAACAACGCCGUAACAAUCCUUGAUUCCAUUUCCGCCACUUUCCUCUUGCUUUCCUCUUGAUUCUCUCCACAAACGGAAAGGAAAAGAAAGCGGAAAAACCCCAUAUUCUUUUAUUCCUCCUCCUUUAUUCCAUUAUUCCCUCCUGGAAAUCUAUAAUUGUAGCCAAAAAAUUCAAUCUUUGAUCCGAGGAAAUGGGGUUUUCAAGGAAGCCAAAGGUGGACGACGGCUUAGAAUCCGAAGGCCAAAAAUGGGUCUUAGCCAUGAUUUCCAUACGAGCUCCAUUGAAGCCUAUAUACACAAAAUCAACUGACCCUCCAUUGAAGAAAGAUAAAGAAAGCAUCGAUAAUGAUGACGAUGAAGACUCAUCGACUCCAACCGGAGAAGAAGCCAGGAUUCGAACUCUAUUCACGCGUCCACCGCCUGCUCCGAGGAAGCCAAAAGCUUCGUUCAAGUGUAAUAAUAACUAUGGAAGAACUGGUGUUAGAGAGUUCUUCACUCCCCCAGAUUUGGAGACUCUGUUUAUAAGGGAAAGGGCUAACUAAUUUACUAAUUUUCCAUCGUACCCAAGCUUGUUUCUUCUCUUACCCUUCCUCUUUAAUUUAUCUGUUUUAGGCUACUUUGUAGUGAUGAUCGUUUGAAGUUUUUGUACAUAAAUAACAUGGAAAUCUUUAGCUUCUUUUAUCUUUCUUUCAAGUUUCCAUAUAUAGUAUGGUUCUUUCUGGAUUCUGUAUUGAAUCUAUCAGCAAUCAGAGCUGCAACUUUAAUGUA